AUGACGAGCAAGGGAAAGAAACUCACAAAAGAAAUGGAGAAGCAGCAGGAGUUGGAGUUGGCAGAAGCGCAGAAUAUUGUGAUUAGUGAAGAUCUUGUGGUUGCAGGAAAACGACAGCUGCAGUUUUUGGCAGAGGUCGAUAGGAAUCGCCAUCUCUACGAUGACCAUGCUUUAGACAGAGCCAUUUAUAGGUACAAAUACUGUUGGCUUCCCUUGCUUGCUAAACAUGAGAAGUCUCAGCUUUCAGAAGGCCCUUUGGUUGUGCCUCUUGAUUGUGAAUGGGUAUGGCACUGUCAUAGGCUCAACCCGGUACGCUACAAAGCUGACUGUGAGGCUCUCUUUGGGACAAUACUUGGCAUCCGCGAUGUUGUGUCAUCUGUCUAUGGAAGUUGCAAAGAUCAAACUGUAAAAAUUUGGAACCAAAUGUACCCUAAUGAACCAUAUGAACUCGAUCUGAGCUCCCAGUUCUCUAAGGAUGUUGUGGAUAAUGUAUUGGUAACUCAACAGAGCACCAACUAUGACCUUGUUGCUGCUGUCAAAAGGCAAAGUACUUUCUUCCAUCAGGUAUCUAGGCCACACAUGACCGAUGAUCGUUUUCUUGAAGAAGCUGUGGCAAGAUAUAAAGGAUUUUUGCAUUUGAUCAAGAGAAACCAAGAAAGAUCAAUCAGACAGUUCUGUGUUCCAACUUAUGACAUUGACCUUAUCUGGCAUUCUCACCAGUUGAAUCCCACCUCUUAUUGCAAAGAUAUGGUUGCGCUGAUUGGCAACGUAUUACAGCAUGACGACACAGAUUCUGAUAGAAGCAAGGGUAAAAAGCUGGAUACUGGGUUUUCUGGAACCAGCAAGCAGUGGGAAGACACAUUUGGAACCAGAUAUUGGAAAGCAGGAGCUAUGCGUAGAUGCAAUACUCCAUCUCCUCUCACAUUCAGUCUUAGCAACCAAGAUACUAUGACAAAGAAGAUAGUCUCAUCCAAUGAGAAUGAAAAUAUGAUUCGGCUUCCCAAGAAAAUGCUCGUUGAGGUUAUGUUGGAGAUUGUGGAGGUCAGGGACUUACCAGAUGAUGAUAAAGGAAGCCUCUUUGUCACAAUUGACAAGAAAAUGCUAGAUUCAAUCUUCAAAACCAGGAGGAGAUUGAAUAUUUCAUCAGAGACAGGGCAGAAACAGGUCACUGUCUUCCAAUGUGAACCUAAUGGAGUGCUUAUCUUCGAACUUUUAUCGUAUGGACAGCGCACUUCGCCUGGUGCAAGGUUUGCCAAGUCGUUGGGGACUACCUCAAUUUCUCUGCAGAAUCUCAUGAACCCAGUUUCUCAACUGUCCGUUGAGAAAUGGUUCGAUAUUGUCCCGAUUUCUAGAGGUGCAUAUGCCAAACCUAUCAGCAUGCGCAUUGCUCUCUCUUUCACUUCUCCAGUGGCAGCACCAUAUGUGCUGAAAAUGGCUCCGGCAUGUCCAUUCUCAAGUUCUUGUUUCUUUCCACUUUCUGGAAAGUACCAGCAAGCCAAAAGUUGGGCAUGCUUUGUGGAUGAGACUGGCAAUGAGAUCAUCAACAUCCAGAUGAGGUACCUAAAACAUGCAAGAAAUAAUUCUUUUCGCAAACAGGAAGUGAUUGGCAUCACCAAGAACCGCGAAACACAUGUGCUUGCAGAGUCUGCUGGAACGGGAUGGUCUUUGAUGGACUCAAAGUGGAAGCUUCAGCUUGACAAGAAAUAUAGUAAGGAUGACAAUAUCAUUGAACUCAUAGGUAGCAGAAAGGUGGUUGUAAUCCCGGGUAGAAAACUGGAAUAUGAAACCAAGAAAAAUGAGAAGCAUAGCGGUGAACAUGACUUCAUGACAGCAGUAGAGAUCUCUGCAGAUUAUCCCUAUGGCAAAGCUGCCGCUCUGCUCAAUCUGAAAUCCGAAAUUCUAAAGGUAUGUUAUAUGCUACAAACAGCUUCUCAGGAUGAUGAACUCUGGCUUACUUCUAUUAUUCUGAUGAACAGAUAAAUGAAGAAUGGCUGGUACUGCCAAUGAUUACA